GGGGCGGAGGCCAGUUGACUUCGAUCCGUCGAGUGCGACGUGUAACUGCUGCAGAGAGUAUUCGCCUCUUGCGCACUCGUUGAACAAGUCAUCAAGAGAAUCAGGAGUCAACGUUUGAGUUCGUCCGGGAUAAUGUCCCUCGCGAGUGUGAUCGGCUCGUGAUUAGACGUAGACAUCAGAGACUGUGUGUGUCGUUCGUGAUUUGAAAGACACAGGAGCGAGGCAGAAGGGUAACAAAGUGGAUAAUAGCGAAAAGAAGGAGGAAAGAUCCGGAUCGUGGCCAGAAUCUCUGUCUCGCUUUGGCGGGUUGGAUCGAUAAACACACGGGGUGCGUGUGCAUUGGCGUCCGGCAGAUAAACGGCCGUACGUUUCGGAGGUGUGCCUGAUCGAGUUAAUCGACGACCCACAUAUUUUUCGACCGCUUGCCGAGCGAACUCUCGCGCGUCGACGUAGGAGAAUCGACCAGAAGGGAGAAUAACACGCGAACGACAUGAAAGCGAUGGUGGUGAGCCCGGUAGGUGGGAGAGUACCACCGACUCGAGGUGUUUUGCACAACAGCCUCGGGAUCAAUGGAACUCGUCGCGACUUGGAGGCAGAGGAAGUGGCUGCUUAUUUGACGAAGCUGAGGUCCCUGGUGCCUGAUAUGCCGAGGAAGCGCAAGCUGUCGAAGCUCGAGGUGAUCCAGAGGGUGAUCGAGUACAUCUGUGAUCUGCAGACGACCCUUGAAGAGACGAACGUGCACCACGAGUCGAAAACCACGCCGAGACAACCUUUGCAACCGUUGUUGAACGCUUCUUCGAGUGUCUCGACGACGACGACGGCCUCGACGACCAGUACGAUGACCGGGAUGGUCGCGGAACGGUGACCUGCGCCGGCGAACGAGCUUCAGUGAGGUCCGGGUCGCUGCAAGUUUCUUGUCCUCGCGGGCUGAUCUCCGUGUUCCAACGUCGCGGGACCGUUCGAGCCUUCUUCGAGGAAUUAAGUCGAGACCCCGGCCCUUCGUGGCCGUGUCUCGUCCUCGAUUGUACAGAGAUUUAUCGAAGCUUCGAACGUUCAGGAACGAAAGAAAAGUAAGGGAUGAAUGGAUCCUGACAGUCAGAUACCUGGAAGGAACGCAACUAGCAACGAGAGGAAAGGAUAUUUAGCGUUUCAUUGGUGGCGCCUAACGAAGAACGUGGAAGACGGGCAAUGAAGCAGACCUCGCGGCUACCCUAGAUUCUUUCUUCGAGGAAAGAUGUAAAUACUUGUACAUAAAGCUCACCGCAUUCCUCGCACUCUCUUCUUAUCUUUAAUCGACUCCAUUUCCUUUGAUUCCCGCCCCUUCGACACUCCCGAUCCUUGUAAUCCUCUUCCAAUCCGAUCUGCGUUACAUGUGUACAGAUAUCUUAGCAUACGAUCGAGGUAUUUCUUUUCGUGACGAUUAUUAUUUGAGCCGAAGCCCAACCGAGAAACUUGACUUUUUAGAAAAUGGACGAUGAAUUUCAGUAAACGUGAUCAGUGUGGCUUCUGCGAGAUUUAAUUAAUUCAUUAUUUCUCAUUGUUGUUUCAUUUCAAAAUAAUAUACAUUUGUACAAAGAAAGA